ACAAUUGAAUGAAACUAACAGCAUGCCGUUCGCACGCGCGACUAACACCCCGAUGUUUGAAUUCAGUGGUGUUCAUUUGAUGCAUAUAUGAAUAUAUAACUGAUCCUUUACGACACUAGCUAACGUUACUUUGAAAGUCGAAAUGGCUUCGGCAGCUUCACACUGCAGGUCAGUUAUAUUUGCCAAACGUAACAUUCUGUAUAACAUUGCAGUGAGGCAAAGCCGUCUGUUGUUUUCAACUAACGACGCUACCUCAGAUGGGCAGAGGAAACCGUCACAGCGGAUAAAAAGUCAGAAUAAUUCUCCCAGGACAGAUCACCUGUCGUGGGAGGAAAGGCUGGCUGACGUGGUCACUCCUCUGUGGAGGCUGAGUUAUGAAGAGCAACUUGAGGUCAAGCGAAAGCAUCAGCAGAGGAUCCUCUCUCAGCUGGCCGGGCACCUCACAGGGGACCCACAAGGCUCACCUGUCAGGGGUAAACUCGGCUUCCCCGUGUUGCCCGUUCUGCCGUCGCCAGUCCGGGAUGGCUACCGCAACAAGUCCACGUUUUCAGUUAACAGAGGAGCGGAUGGAAAUCCAAAGACGGUUGGGUUUUACGUGGGCACGGGCCGGAAGGGAAACAUCGUCUGCGUCAACGGAGACCACCUGCUCAACAUGCCGGAGAAGCACAAACUGGUGGCCAGGUGUUAUCAGGACUUUCUCCGCCUCUCGCCUCUGGAGCCCUGCCUGCUGUUCCACGCUGGGGGUCACUGGAGAGAGGUCACGGCGAGGACCAACGCAGAGGGCCACACCAUGGCCAUAGUGUACUUUCAUCCACAGGGGCUCACCCGAGAAGAGGUGGCGGCCCACAAGGCCGAGCUGGUGGAAUACUUCACGCUGGGGCCUGGGUCGGUCUGUCAGUUGGACUCGCUGUAUUUCCAAGAGAGCGGCAUGACCCGCUGCAGCCACGAGGAAUCGCCCUACCAGCUCCUGCAUGGUCAGCCACACAUAUACGAAGAGGUGCUGGGCUACAAAUUCCGCAUUUCUGCCGAUGCCUUUUUCCAGGUAAACCGGGCAGCUGCUGAGGUGCUGUAUACCACCGUGAGACACCUGUGCUUCCCUACGCCCGAGGAUGGUGGAGGAACAACAACAAAGCCUGGCGGUACCCUCCUGGAUGUGUGCUGUGGGACGGGGGCCAUCGGCAUCACCGUUUCUCCCAGAGUGGACCGAAUCAUUGGCGUGGAGCUCAUAGAGCAGGCGGUGGAAGAUGCUCGACACAACGCCGCUCUAAAUAAAGUACUGAACUGCGAGUUUGUCGCCGGGAAGGCGGAGGUCGUGCUGCCUGCCGUCAUGUCCCAGUUGAGCGCCGCAGGCGGAGGCCCCCUGGCAGCCGUGGUGAACCCCGCCCGAGCUGGGCUGCAUCACAGGGUGGUCCGAGCUCUGCGAAACCAACCCGCCAUCCGCAGGCUGGUGUACGUGUCCUGCAAGCCGGAUGGGGAGGCCAUGAGGAACUUCCGGGAGCUUUGCUGUGCCCCGGAUCCCCGGAAGAAACUCUGGGGAGAUGCGUUUUCUCCAAGUCUGGCUGUGCCUGUGGACAUGUUCCCACACACGCCCCAUUGUGAAGUGGUGCUUCUCUUUGAGAGGUAGCACGUGUUUUUCUUGGUCCACGGGUGGGCUUUCAUCCCCGCAACACCUACAUUAUUUCAAAAACCCAAAAGGUCCUUGAAUAAUUAUAUAUGUUAAAUGAUUAAAUUACCCCCAUGUUCAGUACCUUGGUUUUAGUCCUGCGAAGAAAUGUUUUUUGAAAAUCUUAUGAUCAAUCCUGUGAUGUAUAAAAUGUCAGAAAACAGAGUGCAAAGUGAUGAUUCAAAGUUGCUUUUUUUGUACAGACCAACCAUUCUGAACUCGUAUAAUAUACUUAUUUUACAAUGCUGUAGAAGAGUUCAUUCAUUUGUGAAGUCGAAGUGAGUAAAGGUAAUUCUGCGUGAGCAUGUGCAGUUUUUCCAUUCAAUGUAGACCUUUUGUUAAUCUG